UCUGUCUUUUCUCUUUUUUCUCUCCUCUUUACAUUCUGUGUUCAAAUUUUUUAAAAUUUAAUUCCAAUACUUUUUUGUUUCUUUUUGUGUUUAAGUUUUCAAUUUCUUGUCCCCUAGUUUUGGCGCAUAAACAUUUGUUUUACAGGGAGGAUUACACUCAAAAGGAGCUCGCGGAAACUGCUCGUUUUACGCUUCUCCAAGUGCUAGAUAGGAUCUGCAGCAAGGGAAAUGCGAGCUCAGUGUGUUCUCUGGUACAUUCUUUUUCUGGGUGUGUUUAUCUUUCAGGGAAAUGCAGAUCCAGUUGAGGACAAGCAAGCAUUGCUUGAUUUUGUGAACAAUCUCCCUCACUCUCGCUCUCUCAACUGGAAUGAGAGCUCUGCUGUGUGCAAUCACUGGACUGGAGUGACUUGCAGUGAAGAUAAAUCUCGUGUAAUUGCAGUUAGAUUGCCUGGUGUUGGAUUUCAUGGCUCAAUCCCUCCCAACACUCUUAGCCGUCUAUCAGCUCUGCAGAUUUUGAGUCUCAGAUCCAAUGGUAUUAGUGGAUUUUUCCCUGAUGAAUUUUUCAAGUUGAAAAACUUGUCCUAUCUUUAUUUGCAGUUCAACAACUUCGUUGGUCCAUUGCCAUCUGAUUUCUCUGUUUGGAAGAACCUCACCACUGUGAAUCUCUCAAACAAUAGAUUUAAUGGUACCAUCCCUUAUUCCCUUUCAAAUUUGACUCAACUUGUGGCUUUGUAUCUUGUCAACAAUUCCCUUUCUGGAGAGAUCCCAGAUCUUCAAUUGCCCAAUUUGCAAAUCAUAAAUUUAUCCUACAAUUAUUUUACUGGUCCUGUUCCGAAGUCACUACUAAGGUUUCCUAGUUCAGUUUUCGCUGGUAACAAUGUGUCCUACCAGAGUUCUCCUCCUAUUACUUCUCCAGUUGUUGCUCCUGGUGAACCAAAUCUGAAAUCUAAGAAUACUGGAAAGGUUCGUGAGGUAGUACUGUGGGGCAUUAUAAUUGCUUGUUCUGCUCUUGGGCUAGUGGCAUUUGCAUCUUUCAUGGCUGUUUGCAUUGUGAGAAGAAAGAAGGGAGAUGGGUUACCGAGGAAGUUGCAAAAGGGAGGACUGUCACCGGAGAAAGCCGUUUCAAGGAAUCAGGAUGCAAAUAACAGGAUGGUUUUCUUUGAGGGUUGUAGCAACUAUGCAUUUGAUUUAGAGGAUUUGUUGAGGGCUUCUGCUGAGGUUCUGGGGAAGGGAACCUUUGGAAUAGCAUAUAAGGCGGCCCUAGAGGAUGCAACCACUGUAGUGGUAAAGAGGUUGAAGGAAGUCGGUGUUGGGAAGCGGGAUUUCGAGCAACAGAUGGAAAUUGUAGGAAGUAUUAGGCACAAAAAUAUCGUUGACCUGAAGGCCUAUUAUUAUUCCAAAGAUGAGAAGCUGAUGGUGUAUGAUUAUUACAGUCAAGGGAGCGUCUCUUCCAUGCUCCACGGCAGAAAGGAAGAAGAUCAGAAACCUAUAGAUUGGGAGACCCGAAUCAGAAUUGCUAUUGGUGCGGCGAGAGGUAUUGCCCGCAUCCAUGCAGAGAAUAGUGGGAAGCUUGUUCAUGGUAAUGUUAAAUCCUCGAACGUCUUUCUCAACUCCCAACGGUAUGGCUGUGUGUCUGAUAUUGGUUUGGCAACCAUAAUGGGCCCACUUGCCACACCAAUUUCUCGUGCUGCUGGAUAUCGAGCCCCUGAAAUAACAGACACUCGAAAAGCUACACAGCCGUCUGAUGUCUACAGCUUUGGGGUUGUGCUACUGGAGCUUCUCACUGGGAAAUCACCUAUCUAUACUACUGCUGGUGAUGAGAUUGUCCACUUGGUCAGGUGGGUUCAUUCAGUAGUUCGAGAGGAAUGGACAGCUGAAGUAUUUGACCUGGAGCUAUUGAGAUAUCCAAAUAUAGAGGAAGAGAUGGUGGAAAUGCUACAGAUAGCCUUAUCUUGUGUAGUGAGGAUGCCAGAUCAAAGGCCUAAAAUGGCAGACAUCGUGACCAUGAUUGAAAAUGUGCGAAGGAUUGAUCCUGAAAAUUAGCCAUCUUCUUGAAACAGAUCUUAGAAUUUGACAACUUCGCUAGUGCUUGGGAGAGAAUCCUGAAUUUUAUUGUGAACCAACUUCCACCCGUCUAUUUUUUUUUUCCCCUUUUGGAACCCUAUCUAGGUUGGUAAAAGCAGCAUCUAGAUUAUUCUCAACAUGGUGUUUUGGCUCUCCAAGGGAACAAAUUCAGAUAAUCUUUUUGUCAGUUUAUUCCUAGCGAGGUAGAAGAUAUAUCAAGCUAGAUAUUGAUUUACCUGGAAAUUCCUUACUCUGCUAUGGUUACAUUGGCUUCUCAAAUGUUAGGAUUUGAUGCUCCUCUUAGGGCAAUCAUUGACCACUGUCAUGCCUAAUCAGAAUGCUGAAUGUACACAAGACAUGCGAGAGAGAUCAACGUAUUGUAUGGAUUUGUUAUGUAGGAUACACAUACAACGG